CAGAAAAGAGUUUAAAAAUUUAAAAAAAAAAAGAAAAACAAUAACAAAUCAAGAAUGUGUUACAGUUAAAAGUCAAUGAAAACGGUGUUCAUUUCGCGGCACAAAGUCAACUUUAGCGAACACACAGGACAACAGGCAGCGACAACACAAACAAAGGCACAAACAGAUACUCUCACACACACACACACACAGAGACGGGUAGAAAAACAAAUACAAACAAAGAAGCUUUUCCAGAAAUUGGGUCGCGUUUUUGGCAUUUGUUAUGGCAACUUUUCCUUGUAUAGCUUGAACGCCGAGUUGGGGAAAAUACGUUGCGACUAAGCUCAAGAAACGCAAUCAACACACACACACCCCCACCCUCUUCAACAGAAUAGCAGAACAAAGGAAGCGGAGUAGAAGGAGUGGUCAUUGUAAUCAUCAUGAGUGUUGUUGGCAAGCAAUUGAAUCCCGUACAAUCGUCCUCAUCGUCGUCGGGCAACAGUGAUGGUAGGGAGAAUGCAGGUGCCGAAUCAAAGCGACCGGAGGGCACUAGCAUUAGUCCCGAGGAUGUGUUGCAUCUGACAAAAAUUACGGAUGAUUACCUGUGCUCGGCAAAUGCCAAUGUGUUCGAAAUUGACUUUACACGCUUCAAGAUCCGUGAUCUGGAGAGUGGGGCUGUGCUUUUUGAGAUCGCUAAACCGCCCAGUGAGCAAUUUCCGGAUGGACUGUCCGUUGAGGAGACUAUGUUGGCCGCCACCGAGGAACUCUCACUCGAAGACACUGCCGAUCCCAAUGCCGGGCGCUAUGUGCGCUAUCAGUUCACACCGGCAUUCCUUAAUUUGAAGACCGUGGGAGCCACUGUUGAAUUCACGGUGGGAAGUCAGCCAGUUAAUAAUUUUCGCAUGAUCGAGCGGCACUUCUUUCGCGAUCGCUUGCUUAAAACAUUCGAUUUCGAGUUCGGAUAUUGCAUUCCAUACUCAAAGAACACUUGCGAGCACAUAUACGAGUUUCCUAAUCUUCCACCAGACCUAGUUGCUGAAAUGAUAUCGAGCCCCUUUGAGACGCGCUCGGACAGUUUUUACUUUGUGGAGAAUCGACUCGUAAUGCACAAUAAAGCUGACUACGCCUACGAUGGUGGCAUAAUUGUUUAAGCUAAGCAGCAGAAGAGCAUCAAUUCAAAAUGCAGCGGCAUAAUGGAAACUACAAGAAAUACCUAGGAGCAUAACUAAAGCCUAACUAACUAAAAUGCUAAGUUAAUGUAUCACAAAAGAGUCAUGCUAAAGAACUCACACCCAAAACACACCACACACACGCAGGCAUGAACAACAAACACAUCAAGGAAAACCAAAGGAAAAAUUGUAAUAAAACCUUUUUAGCCUUAGCACAAAA